GUCUCCGUGGCGCCGCUGGCCGGAGCAGGGAUGCUAUUUUGGGCCAUGUGUCUGGUCUUGGCUCAAAUAGUCCAGGCCAAACCCCUGCCCCACUGACCUCUCUGCAGAGGAGCAGAGCAGAGUAGCGCGUGGACUGCCCCGAGGAGGCUGAGAGGAGGGCUCUAGACCAAGGACACAGGGGCAGUGGAGCCCUAGCUGGGAGUGUAGUUGGAGCCUGGGACAGUCAUGGAGGAACAGGACCAAGAUCGGCAGUAACUGAGAGGCCCCCGAGGCAGACGCUGGGAACCAGAAGGCACUUUAGCAGACAUCUAAAAAUCUCGAAGACAAAAUAUGAGUGAAGCAGACAGGAGGAGGCGGUCCACCCGCAAGUCCAAGACGAUCUCGACACCCAUGACAACAAGGAUACACGCCAUCCUGGAGAAGGAGAUGGUGCGAGAGUUCCUGGCCGAGUUCCUGAGCACGUAUGUCAUGAUGAUGUUUGGCCUUGGCUCCGUGGCCCACAUGGUUGUAGGAGAUAAAUUCGGGAGCUUCCUCGGUGUCAACUUGGGCUUUGGUUUCGGAGUCACCAUGGGCGUGCACGUGGCAGGGAACAUCUCCGGGGCCCACAUGAAUGCCGCCUUGACCUUCACCAACUGCGCGCUCGGCCGCAUGUCCUGGAAGAAGUUCCCCGUGUACGUGCUGGGUCAGUUCAUGGGUUCCUUCCUGGCUGCUGCCACCAUCUACUGUCUCUUCUACCAAGCCAUCAUGGACUACUCGGGUGGAUAUCUGACAGUGACCGGUCCCACAGCCACCGCUAACAUUUUUGCCACCUACCUUCCUGAUCACAUGACAUUGUGGAGGGGCUUCCUGGACGAGGUGUUAGUGACUGGGAUGCUCCAGCUGUGUCUCUUUGCCAUCACGGACAAGAGGAACAACCCAGCUCUGCAGGGGACACAGGCCCUGGUGAUCGGCAUCCUUGUUGUCGUCAUUGGAGUGUCCCUGGGCAUGAACACGGGAUAUGCCAUCAACCCAUCCCGGGACCUGCCUCCGCGCUUCUUCACCUUCCUGGCUGGCUGGGGCAUACAGGUCUUCAGGGCCAAGGACUGGUGGUGGGUGCCAGUGGUGGCGCCGCCUCUGGGUGCCUACUUAGGUGGCAUCAUCUACUUGGUCUUCAUUGGCUCCAGCAACCCAUGGGAGGCCCAGAUGUUGGAGAACCCCGGGGCGUAUGAAGACCGCAGGAUAUCCGUGUUGCCCAAGACCUCAUCUUACCCACCCAACUCCUCUUCCCUCACCCCUGUCUCUGUGUCCCCCACCAGCAGACCUUCAAUCCGGCCUGUCCCACCCUUAGGUGACUCUGUCAACCUAGAGCAAUUCUAAGUAAGAUGAUUUGUGACCCCUCCCCACCCCAAUAAAGCAAGCCUUGUCCCACAGCGGCACCCCCGCUUCCUGGGGGCCUCCUGUGGUUGGGCUUCUCUCCUGGAUGCUUCUGGGAGCUCCAGGGCUGUGCCCUGGCCCCGGGGCUGGAGCACCGAGCAGAGAGGCCUCCACCUCCUUCCAGCCCUGGGAGCUGGGGAGCCCCCUGGGGGAGGAUGGGGACGGGCCCACCCACAGCCCAGUAGGAACAAGAUGAGAUUAAAGGAUGCUGGACACAGAAGCAUGGACUUUUGAGCACAGGAUAGGGAGGGAGGUUCUGGGAAAAGGACAGCAGCUCGCUGGUGGGGGCUGAGCUCUGGGCAUGCCUUGAAAUGUCACAGAAUAGGACUCUGGACUGUCCCUCGGUUCUGGCCAGUCCCUGGACCAGACAGGGCAAGGCCCAAGCAUGUAGAUCAGCGUUUCUCAACCUAUUUUUCAUUCCUGAUCCCUCAGGAGCCUUUUAGAUGUUUUUUUCUUGAUCACAUGAUAUUUUAAUACCACUGAUAUAGUGUAUAUAUAUUUACGUACUGUACAUAUAUCUGUGCUUUAUACAAAAAAGAGUAAGAUUUUUUCAUCUCCCAAGAAUCAAUUUUCUCUCCCUUGGGGGCCAAAUCACCCCCCACCCUUGCAAAUGCCCAGUGUCGACUGAAGGCAGUGAGGGGCUGGACUCUUCUUCCUUCUCCCUGGUGCCAGAGUCUCCCACAUUAAGGAAUCUCAGAGUUAGAGAGGCUGCUGCAGAGAGGGGAGUCCUUCCCAAAGGUGCAGACAGAAAGGGGCUUCCCGGGGUUCAGGGGGACAGGCGCAGAGGUUGGUGGAGGUGGGGCAGCCAGGAUCCACCAACCCCGGGCCAGGCUGGAAACAUCCUGCAUCACCCAUGGCUCCUGUCACUGCGUGUGCGUUCAGCCUGUCAACAAUCAUUGGCACCUCCUGGGUGCAGGCCCUGUCUGGGCACUAGAGAUGCCACAUUGGAUGAGGCUGGGUCUCUGCCUUCGAGGAGCACAGUCUAACGGGGACAGGUCACCAUGAGGAGGGAGCUAAGCAAGGGAGAGAAGAGGGAUGCAUGGAGGCUGUGGGGCUCAGAGAGGGCUCACAGCCCAGCCUCGGGCCAAGGCCAGGGAUGGCUUCCCAGAGGAGGAGGCAGCAAAUGGGGGGAUGGUGGGGUGUCCUUUCUGGGGCUGGUUGCCACACUUUACAGUUUGAGGGGACAGAGGGCAGAGGAGAUGGGCUUUCCCUGGAGGUGGGGACAUGCUGAGAUUUAGAAAGCCCACCUGAGCGGCAGGUGCAGGAUGCUGGAAAAGGCAAAGAUUGGGGCCUGCAAGGGAGUGUGGGGAGAGGUAAUAAGCCGGGAGGAGCAGUGGGGCGCGAACAGGUCAGUGCUGUGUGUGUGGAGAGGAGUGAGGAUUCGCUGAACACGAGGGAGGUCACACUGCAGGACCUGGGCUCGGACUGGAGGAAGGAGCGGGUGAGGCUGUGCCAGGAGUCAGGGCUCAUUUCCAGGGUCCAGCUCUGGCCUGAGCAUUGGAGAUGUCCACAUUGAGAGCAGAGUCUGGGAGAGGAACUGGUUUGGAGAGGAAGAUGAUAAGUUAUAUUGUGGAUGUGCUGAUUCUGAGUAGUCUGUGGGACUCAGGGGGCAAGGGGUGUGUUGUCUUGGGUGUUACUCAACCUCUCUGGGCCUCGGUGUUCUCCCAUUACCUACCAUUUGUGUCUCUGCGAAUAUUCAAUGAAAUAAAACGUGUACAAUGCUGA